CGUAGAAGAGAAAUUUUGGAAUAAAAUGAGCAGGUAGGUCUUUCGAUCUAAUCAUCUCCAAUAAUUAAUCCUUUGUAACGCUCCAUCCCAAAUUCUCUAGCAAUGUCGUCGUCGUCGUCGUCAAGUCUCUCCUCAGUACGGACUGUCGAUCCCAACACCCACCCUUAUCUCUACUUCGGCCUCAACAAACAUUCCGACGGCUCCAUCUCCCGCGUCCCGCAGCGGUUCCCUUUCACGCCGCCGUCUCCGCAACCCAAUCCCGACGCCGUCCUCUCCAAGGAUCUUCCGAUCAAUCCAAAUAACAAAACUUGGGCACGCCUUUACCUCCCGGAAUCCGCCGAUCCGGCGGCCAAAUUGCCCCUAAUCGUCUACUUCCACGGCGGCGGGCUCGUCGCCGGCAGCGUCGCUGUCUCAUUCCUCCAUCAAUUCUGCUGCGAAAUCGCCCGGGAAAUCCACGCGCUGGUCGUCGCAGUCGAGUACCGCCUCUGCCCGGAGCACCGCCUCCCCGCGGCGUACGACGACGGCGUCGAAGCCUUGCAGCUUGUCAGAUCCUCCGGCGAGGAGUGGCUGAGGAGCCGCGCCGACCUGUCCACGUGUUUCCUGAUGGGAAGCAGUGCCGGCGGGAACAUCGCGUACCACGUGGGUCUGCGGGCAAUCUCGACCGUUGACGAUCUCCUGCCGUUGAAGAUCCGAGGGCUGAUACUCCAACAGCCGUUCUUCGGCGGCGUGGAGCGGACGGCGUCGGAAAUCCGGCUGGUGAAAGACAGGGUGCUUCCGCCGGUUUCGUCGGACGUAGCUUGGGAUCUAUCCUUGCCUGCCGGCGCCGAUCGUGACCAUGAGUACUGCAAUCCGACGGCGGCGGGGAUCUCUCCGGAUCUCGUGGAGAAGAUGAGAAAUCAACGGUGGAAAGUGCUGGUGACGGGGUACGAAGGGGACCCAAUGAUCGACCGCCACGUGGAGCUAUCGCGAACGUUGAAGGAGAAGGGAAUCGACGUUGAGGAUGAUUUUAGAGAUGGAGGAUGCCACGGAUUGGAGCACUUUGACCAAUCGGCGGCUAAGAUGUUUUACGCUGUUGUUAAGAAAUUUGUACUAUCUUAGGCUUUGUUUGGCCAAUCUUUUUUUUACCACGAUUUUCAAUAUAUUGAGUAUAUUUUAUUCUU